AUGCAUUCUCGCACCAGAUCCACUAUUGUUGCAGCUGCUGCUAUUGCCUGCCUUCCCAUUGCAAGAGCUGCUCCUCAAGGACACUGGGAGGCAUGGAGCGCAGCUCCAGCUUCUACUUCAAGCACCACCACCACCACCACCACCACCACCAGCAAGCCAGCACCGACAAGCACGACAGAAACUGCAUGGCUAGACUGGACGCCUGAGACGACGACCACCACCACCACAACCACCACUAGCAAGCCAGCACCGACAAGUACGACAGAAACUGCUUGGUUGGACUGGGAAUCAAGCUCCACGACGACCACCUCAAAAUCUGUGGCACCAACGACCACCUCAUCCGAGACUGAAUGGCUACCAUGGACUACCACGACCACAACCACAACCAAGCCAGUUGUGGCAACAACCACAACAGAGACUGCUUGGCUCGAUUGGGAAUCCAGCUCCACAACCACGACAACCUCAAAGUCUGUAGCACCGACUACCACAACCGAGACCGAGUGGCUCCCAUGGUCUGUCUCAACCACGACAAGCAAGAGCGUCGCUCCUACAUCGACCAGCACCACGGAAAAGUGGAGCGAUUGGACACCUGAGACGACCUCAAGCAAGCCCGCGCCAACAACGACUGCUACAUUCGAGCAGUGGGUCCCGGUCAGCAGUUCGACGACCACUACCACCCCAGUGGCUCCAAUUUCAACCACGACUUGGGAACAAUGGAUUCCAGUGACUAGCUCGACUACGACUACGACUACUCCCGUCGCCCCGAUCUCGACUUGGGAAUCUUGGGCUCCGGUCAGCGUCUCCACAACAACCACGACCUCAAGCAUCGAAACUGAGUGGGAAAAUUGGUCAACCACAGUACCGGUUCCCGCCCCAGUUUCAACCUCCAGUGCCUGGGAAGACUGGGUGCCUACGAGCUCCAUUCCUGCUCCAGUUACAACCUCCAGUGCCUGGGAAGACUGGGUGCCUACGAGCUCCAGUCCUGCUCCAGUUACAACUACAGAGUGGUCCGAAUGGAGUUCAUCAGUUCCAGUGGUCCCUGUUGUGCCAACUUCAUCGUGGGCUGCCUGGAGCGAGACCACAGUUGCGCCCGUCUCAAGUACCAAGCCAGCCUCCAGCUCCAUCAAGCCCAGCAGCACUACUUUGAAGAGCAGCGUCGCAGUCUCCACUACAACAAGCGCUCUGCCAACAUUCACGGGCGCAGCCAACAAGGUCUCAUCCGGCGCAGGAGCCAUCAUUGUCGGUGCCGUCGCCAUCGCAGCAAUGCUCUAG